AUGAGAAAAAUAUGUGAUUACUAUUUAAGAGGGUACUGUCCCUAUGGCGAAAAAUGCAACAAGUUGCACAAUUGUAUUUUUGUUAUUGUCGGGUGUGGCAGUGGUGAACGCCAUAGGCAAUAUCCACAUCGGCAACAGUCGAUGUCGCCUGAGACACUGUAUUGGAAUUAUGCAAUCUUAAAGCGGAAGUUCGUGCAACUGCAAAAGAAUCACUUAAAGCAGCAUCCUAUGCAGAACAACUCAUAUUACCAACCUCCCCACCAAGACGAUCAACUGCCUAAAACUCCAGAACAAUUACAGCAAAAUUUUAAUGAACUUUUGCAGCAAUAUUGCCUGCUAAAACGAAUCUUUCACCAUUAUGCCAACAGCUCGCAGGACGAUCGUGUACAAAAACUUCAUUACUAA